GAUUCUGUGAGUGAGUGCAGGAGAGAGAGGUAGAGUGGAUGGGCUCACAGUAAGGAUAUAAAAGGUCACCCAAUCCUUGUCUGGCAUCUGUUCCACCAGCAAGAGUCAUCCCGGGCGUUUCACCAUGAAGCACUACAUGCUGUUGUCUCUCCUGUUGGCGUUGGGAUGCGUGCACGUUCACGGUGCGCCAGUGGAGCUGGACGACAUGGAGCAGUUGUCGUGUGAAGACGGUUUCGCGAAAGGCUCCGCAAAUGAGGCUCUCACCAAAAUCAACCAGGACCGAAAGGACGGAUACAUCUUCAGCCUGCACCGCCUGUCCAGCGCCCACAUGGCAAAACAUGUAGGAACCGGCUUUGUUUUCUACUUGACCCUGGACGUUGUCGAGACCAACUGCAGCGUUAUCAGCAAGAAGGACUGGAAGACCUGCAAGGCUCGUGAAGUCAGCGACACACCGGUAUAUGGACAGUGCAAAGCAGCCAUCUUUAUGGAUCGUACCAAAAGAGUGGUGCGUCUCUACAAAUACGACUGUACCAUCAGACCAGCUCCUGCAGCUAAGAUUUCUGCGAUCUGUCCGGACUGUCCGAGUCACACUGCCCUGGACAACGCUGAGGUUCAGAAGACUGUGUCUCUCUCGCUGGAGAAGUUCAACAAGGAGAACGGGUUGACCAAUCAUUUCGCUCUGGUCAAAAUCAACCGUGCUACCUCAGGGAUGGCCACGUCCAUGUAUUACAAUGUAGAGUACACCAUCCAGGAGACCACCUGCACCAAGAGCGCAGAAGCUGUGGCAUCUGACAAGUGCCCAGUCAUGGACUGCGAGUUCGCUCACAAGGGCUUCUGUGUGGGAUCCCUCUACAACUCUCCCGGUGGUGAUGAGCAGACUAUCAAUGUAGAGUGUGAGAUCUAUGAGCCCGAGGCUGCUGAGAGGGAGAAGAAACUGCACCUGCUGGGCGGAGAGACUGACCACGAACACAAGAACAAACCCGACCACGACCAGAGCCACGACCAAGCACACGGUGCCGACCAGACACACUCACACGAUCACGAACACGACCACACCAAGAGCCACGCUCAUCACGACAAAACCGCCCAGCACGCUGACAACAGCGAGCACCACCACACACACGACCACGACGCUGGCAGCAGCCACAGGCACGCUCACGACCACUCCCACGACCACGGGCAUGGCCACGAUCACGUGCACGCUCAUCACGCCAAAGCUCACAACCACACCGGCGACUCUCCCAACCAGCACCACGACUACAAGCAUGGCGAUGACGUGCACACCCAUGACCACGACCACGAGCUGGCUCUGGACCAUGACCACAAGCAUGCUCACCUGCACGAGCACGAGCACCACCAUCAUCACCAUGACCAUGACCACGAGAAGGAAACCCACGACCACCCAGAGGGUGAAGUGAAGACACUGCCCUCCGUGGACCAGCCCGUGACCCUGCCUAUCUUCCCUGAUGUCCCUGAAGUAGGAGUCGUCCUGCCAGCCAAGCCCGACCCCCAGAUUCCUGGACAGAUGGAGCCCAUCAUCCGGCCCUUCCCCACCUCAGUCUCAGCCCAGUGCCCUCCUCCAGCAGCAGCCACCACCUUUGUGGAGAAACUCUUCUCGGAGGACCCCUUGUUCAAGCCAACUGCUUAAGGUUCACAAAACUCUCACAAAAACACAGACUGAAGGGUAGUGAAGAGAAAACAUAUAACAUAUCUGCUCCAGACACAUUGAUAGACAAUAAAAGAUACACAUUGACUGCUUGCCUGGAGUCAUUCAUUGGCAAAAUGGUGGUUUAUUUCCAGCACAGAACCUGUUAGCUUUCUUGUCUUGCCUUCACUUCAACCCACAAUUCUCUGUUGGUGGGAAAUUGGUCAAAAAUAAUAAAAUAAUAAAAGCACUACACUGGUCAUUUCCUUUUUACAAUCCUCAGAGAUAACAAAACUGUAAACACUGACCCCAAUAUACCAUGUGACUCACCAAACUGAGUCACUGCACAAAGAAGCCAGCAAACAUGAAAGUUUUCUCUGUUUAUAUGUUAUUUGUGCUUGGCUGUACAGAAUAAUAAAUGAUGCCACAAACAAUAA